AUGGGCUCGAGGCAAAACGCGCAAAGUGGGCUCAGAAACGAGAUGCUUCUGCCCUUGGAUCAACAAGGAGACAUUUCGUAUUGGUCCGAAUCGAUGAGUCCAUUGCAAUUUUGGCGUAAGACCGCAGGUCGACGGGCGCGGCCCUACCUCUGUACAACAAAAAACACUAAUGCGAUGUCUCCGACGGUUCUCGAACGGCAAGCUGUCCCGUCAACGGCCAGAAAACCUGUACCUGCGGACAGCUUGUAG